AUGAUGCCUUUGUCCAAUACAGCUACGACAGCCUAUCUGCUGGGGAACCUCCACUGCCCAUCAUGUGUGACCCUCAUCAAGUCGCUUUUGCAUGAGACGUUUGGUGACAAGAUUGUUUGGGUAUCACCAAAUCUGGUGACAUCCAUCGUGACGGUUGAGCACGAUGACCAUUCGCCCGACUUUGUCCGUGCUAUCGGCAAGACGCUUGAAAAUGUCGGCUUCGAGAUUUGUGGAGUCGAUACCACUGCCUCCGGUGCCGAAGAGCUAAACAACAAUCCCCAAAGCAAUGACAUGCCUGACAGCAGCGGCUUCUUCGACAGCUGGUCCAGUCUGUGGGCGCAGAAGCAGCCGGCGCCGGCAGUAGAGGCCACUAAGGCUGCGCAUCUGGAGAACUGCGAGGCGUGUAAAGCACACAGACCGCACGAUGAGGAAGAUGCCGGCCAGGAGCUAAAGUCGUCCUUUUCGUCUACGAGCCUGCGCAAGGAUCCGACCGUCGAUACAGUCCCACUCGAUGGUGUAGUCACUGGAGAUGAGAGCCAGCCCCCCUUAUGGCGAGCAACAGUGUCUGUUGGCGGAAUGACCUGCGCGGCUUGUGUUACCGCUAUAACAGACGAGCUACAGAAACUCGACUGGGUGUCAAAGGUUGCCGUCAACUUGGUUGGAAACAGCGCCACGAUCGAUUUCGUCGGAGUGGAUAAAGAGAAGGAGCUUGUCGAAGCAAUUGAGGACAUUGGCUACGAUGCUGCAAUUGAUCAGGUGGUUGACCUCAAUGAAAAGAAGCCCUUGUCGGACGAACGACAUGUGGAAAUUAGAAUCGAUGGCAUAUUUUGCCCGCGUUGCCCUCAGAGAAUCAGCCAGACCCUGAAGAGCUUCGGCACCCAUGGUGUACAGAUCCUAGCACAUCCGUCCGCGGAACACCCCAUCCUAAAGGUCCGCUACAUUCCAAAUUCUCCUACAUUCACCGUCCGCCACAUCUUGAGAAGCAUCGAGGCCACAGAUCCAUCUCUCCGAGGAAAAAUAUACCACCCGCCGACGCUUGAAGAGCGGUCGAGGGCGAUUAGAGCAAAGCACACUCGACAGCUGUUCUACAGAGAGAUGCUGACCCUUGUUCUGGCCAUUCCCACAUUCGUCUUGGGUAUAGUGUACAUGAGUCUGGUGCCAGACCCCAACUCCACCAAACAUUUCCUGAUGAAGCCGUGGGUAUCUGGCCUUAGCCGUGUAGAGAUCAUACUCUGUCUCCUCGCUACACCAGUGUACUUUUUUGCAGCCGACGUCUUUCAUGUUCGAGCCAUAAAGGAGCUAAGGACUCUGUGGCGUAGUAGCAGCCGUACACCGUUUUUGCAGCGAUUCUACAAAUUCGGCAGUAUGAACAUGCUCAUGUCUCUCGGAACAAGCAUUGCGUAUUGGUCUUCCAUCGGCCAGAUGAUUGCCGCGGGGGCUGAUGGCGAUGCUGAUAUCCCUGAGGACCGGUUCUAUUUCGACUCUGUGGUGUUCUUGACCCUCUUUCUUCUUGCCGGCCGGCUGAUUGAGGCGUACAGCAAGUCCAAAGCAGGAAAUGCCGUGGAGGCGCUGGCAAAGCUGAGGCCAACUACUGCUCUGCUUGUAGAGCAAGAUAAGCUGCAAGGCCAAAUUACUACGACGAUAGACAUGGACCAGCUAGAGCACGGAGACGUUAUUCGCGUGCCUCACGGCUCAUCGCCGCCAGUUGAUGGCGUGAUUCUAUCUGGCGAGACGACUUUUGAUGAAUCGAGUCUGACAGGCGAAUCAAGGCCCAUCAAGAAGGGCGAAGGAGACGGGGUGUUUGCGGGAACCGUCAACAAGGGAGCUGCGGUGGUGGUCAAGGUCACGGGAACCUCUGGUAAGUCCAUGCUUGAUCAAAUCGUCGAGGUCGUCAGAGAAGGGCAAGCCAAGCGAGCACCAAUGGAGCAAGUAGCCGACCUUUUGACCUCGUACUUUGUCCCGGUGGUGACCCUGAUAGCCAUCAUCACAUGGGCUGUCUGGAUGGCGCUCUCGUUUACUCAUAAUGUGUCAAGCGACGAGCUGGAUUCGUCAGGAGGCUCAACCGCGUUUGCUUUCCAGUUUGCCAUUGCCGUGUUUGUUGUUGCCUGCCCGUGUGGGCUGGGUUUGGCUGCUCCGACGGCGAUUUUCGUCGGUGGAGGUCUCGCAGCCAAGUACGGAAUCUUGGUCAAGGGCGGCGGUGAGGCAUUUGAGAAGGCCAGCAAGGUGGGCUGCGUAGUCUUUGACAAGACAGGAACACUCACGGUCGGAGGAGAGCCUCAAAUCACCGAUUCUGCUCUCUUCCCCGACGGAGCCGUCGAUGGACUUGGUGAAGGGACUCUCCUCUCUGCCAUGAAAGCCACGGAAGAAAACAGCAGCCACCCCAUUGCAAAGGCCAUUGUUGGAUUCUGCAAGACGGAUGCCAAGCCGGUUGAGCUCGAGCAGAUUGAGGAGGUGCCGGGCAAGGGCAUCAAGGCCAGCUGCAAGAAUCAACCCUUUGACAUUGCCGUGGGCAAUGAGAGCCUGAUGAAAGACUUGUCUGCCAGAAUAUCUUCCAAUGUCAGGGGCUUGCUGGAGGCGUGGAAGCAGGAAGCCAAGUCUGUUGCACUCAUCGCAACGCGGCUUCAUAGUAGUGGCAAGUGGGCAGUCACUGCCGUGCUCUCCAUCUCGGAUCCCAUCCGCAAAGAGACGCCGUCGGUCCUUGAGGCACUACAGAAGCGUGGAGUGGAGGUAUGGAUGCUCUCGGGAGACAAUGUGACCACGGCGCAGGCUGUGGCUCAGAGGGUGGGCAUUCCCACGUCCAACGUGCUCGCUGAGGUUUUGCCCUCGGAAAAGGCAGCCAAGAUUAGUUACCUGCAAGGCUCGAUGGGCAGCAACGGUCAGCGUCCGAUGGUGGCCAUGGUGGGAGACGGCAUCAACGACUCGCCGGCGCUUACGACGGCGGACGUGGGCAUCGCCAUUGGCUCCGGCAGCGACGUGGCUAUUUCGAGCGCCGACUUUGUGCUCGCCACGUCGAACCUGCACUCGGUGCUGACGCUCCUGGACCUCAGCCGUGUCGUCUUCCGCCGCAUCAAGAUCAACUUUGGAUGGGCGGCCGUGUACAAUGUGUGUGCGAUUCCCAUUGCGGCCGGAUGCCUGUACGCCAUCAAGACGUCGAGCGGCUCGCACGUCAAGCUGGACCCCGUGUGGGCUUCGCUGGCCAUGGCGCUUUCGAGCAUCAGCGUGGUGUUGAGCAGUCUGAGCCUGCGGACGAAGAUUCCUUGGCUUGGAUUCCGCAAUAAGCAGGUUAUGUGA